AUGGCCGACUUUGGCUCCGACGUGCUCUCCCUCUCCACCGCCCGCAAUGACAACGACAACGACAACGACAGGACACCCACCCAGUAUCAUGACAUGAACCUGAGCGAGAAGGAGGCCUUCGAUGCCUACAUCCGCCCCAACGACAGCUACACCCCGGACGGCGUCUACUGGGCCGACCUGCCCUUGCUCCGCCGUAUCGCCUUCGUUAGCAAGUAUGACGCCGCCGAGACCUCCAGGGAGUUUGCCAGCUUCUGGAAGAUGUUCAAGAACGAUCCCCUGGCCCCAGUGGGCUAUUAUUUUAAGAACAUGGUGCUGCCCGGCGCCGGUCUGGGUCUGGAAGGUUACGUCCUGUUCUCCAUCGGGAACAUCAAGCCGCUGUUCCAACGGGCGUUCCCGGAAUGCUGGCAGACGAAGGAAAUCUGCAAUCCCACCUGGAUUGCCGCGGUGGAGUAUCUGGAAAUCUGCGGCAUCAUCGUGGGCCAGAUCAUCGUCGGGGUUAUUGGCGACUGGGUGGGCCGGCGGUUUGGUCUCAUUCAAGAUGCCGUCAUUAUGCUUCUCGGGCUGGUGAUGCUCACUGCCGCCUGGGGCGUCACCCAGAAUGGCUGGGUCAUCUGCUAUGUCUGGUCCCUCUUUUUCUACGGUGUGGGAGUCGGAGGCGAAUACCCGAUGACAGCCACCAGUGGGAUGGAAAACGCCGUGGGAUCUGGUAAAAUCUCCACCAAGGAAGAUCGGCUGCAUCGUGGCCGCAAAGUGACCAGCGCCUUUUUGAUGCAGGGCUGGGGCCAGUUCUUCAACCAGGCCCUUUUGAUCAUCCUCCUCCUCUGUUUUCACCACGGCAGCGGGAACCCUCCUUACUCGGCCCUGGCUGCCCAAUGGACUUACCGUGUUUCCUUCGCCAUCCCCGCCCUCGGUACUCUCUGGCUGGUCUACUAUCGUUACUUCAAGAUGAAAGCAGCCAGCAAGCAGCUCUCGAUUGCGAAGGCCAAGGCGAAAGUCACCGGCUACGACACCCAGUCUCUGGCUCUGACUUUCAAGUACUUCGGUCCCCGUCUGAUCGCGACUGCCGGUACUUGGUUUGCGAACGACGUGUUCUUCUACGGUAAUAAACUCUUCCAGAGUGAGUUCAUCGCUGUCAUCAGCCCGAACUCCCACUCGAUUAUGCCCGGUUGGCUGUAUAACAUGAUCAAUGUUUGUGUUUCGCUGAUGGGCUAUUAUAUGGCCGCCUUUUUCAUCGACAACAAACUCUACGGCCGGAAAUGGAUGCAGCAAAUUGGAUUCCUCAUGGAUUUCAUCUUCUUCGUCAUCCCCGCCUUCAAUUUCAAAUACUACACCUCCCCAGAACACAUCCACGCCUUCCAGGCCAUGUAUUUCCUCAGCAGCUUUUUCAAUCAAUUCGGCCCCAACGCGGUAACCUUCCUCGUCGCCGCAGAAGUCUUCCCCACCCCGAUCCGCGCGACAGCCCACGGCUUUGCCGCCGCAGUCGGUAAACUCGGUGCUCUCCUCGCUGCCAUCCUCUACAAUUACAUCGACACCCAGACCAAAUUCUACGUCGUCCCCUGGUUCGGCCUGGCGGGCAUGGUUCUCACUUGGCUCUUCCUCCCAGAUACCACCGGCCUGGAUCUCAAGGAGCAGGAGCGCCGCUGGUACUUCCUCCGCAGUGGCCGCGAGAGCGAAUACCACGGCCCAGCCGUCCACCCAAAGCAUCUCUCACUCUGGGAACGCAUCCGCGGCGCUGGCAAGUAUUACGAUCCCGAACUGGACUACAAACGCAAGGUCGACGAGAUGCGCGGCGACUGGGAGGCGCUCGUGGCCCGACAGGCUGCGGAGAAGGAGUUGCAGUUCGAAGAGGAUGACCUGGAUGAGGGCCUUAAGCAUGCACAUGUCCGGUCGUAUUUCGAGCGGACCAGCCCGAUGCUUUUCGCGAAUGAGAAGAAGCUCGGCGUCGGCGUCACUGCUCUUCCUGGCAAUGGUGGCGAAGGCAGACCUGGGAACCCGACCGAUGAUAUUAUUUCUCCGGCUCGAUUUUCCGACGAGAUGUUGCCACCUCCCAAGGCCGAUUUGGGGAGCAAGCUUUCCGACUAG